CUCAGCGGAAGUUGUCAAAUGACGUCAGACGCAUCCCGUUCUGUGAGCGGGACUCUCACAGCUGAGCGCCGAAUAAAAAAAAAGUGCUGAGGCUAACUUUGUCAAGAAUCUGCGCGUUAUUUCGGAGAAAAUGGCCUUCGAGACGGAAGCGGAUCUACCACCUAGUCUCGCAUGUCUGAAAAAUGUCGAUGCGCUGCUUCGGUGUCCUAUUUGCUUCGACUUUCUCAAUAUUUCAAUGAUGACAAAAUGCUCACACAAUUUUUGUUCUUUGUGCAUCCGGAAAUUUCUUUCUUACAAGCUCCAGUGUCCAGUUUGCAAUACACAAAUGACAGAAGCAGACCUGAGGAACAACCGUCUGUUGGAUGACUUGGUCACAAACUUUCAAUCUGCAAGGCAACAGUUGUUAAAAGCACAAUUUGACUCUCCUCCAAUAUCUCCGAAGACUCCCGCUUCAGCCGUUAAAUGCAAAACUCCGAAGGAGAGGGGCCAGAGGUGUAACAACUCUGUGCUGAGCCAAUUUUUCCAAAAGAAGCCUAAAACACCUCCCAGCAAAGAAACCCAGCGCAAUGGUUCGAUCUCUGAGUGCGUUCAGGAGGGGAAAAGAUGGACUGCAGGAAUCCACAAUGAUACUGACCUACAUUCAGGAAAAGCUGAGCUUUCAGUGGUUGUGAAAGAAGAACCCAUAGAUAUGGACGAUGCGUCUACUCAGGGUUCGACGUCACUCACGGCCUUUCCAAGUAUUAGCGCUGAAAAUGGGAUGGCACAUUCUUUAACACCUUCAAAAGACAUUAAGCCCAUAAUCAAAGUGGAGUGCCCUGUGUGUUCUGUAAGUGUUUCCCAGCAUUUUAUCAACAAACAUCUGGACACGUGUCUUACCAGUGGCGACAAGAAGGACAGCUUGAGGAGCCAGAAGAGGCGUCCAAUGCCGAAGUUGGUGUACAACCUGCUUUCAGUGCAGGAGCUCAAGAGGAGGCUGAAGGAAUGCCAUCUGCCAUUGCAGGGAUCUCGAGACCAGCUGAUCAAAAGACACCAAGAUUUUGUCUACUUAUACAAUGCCCAGUGUGACUCUCUAAACCCGAAAUCAGCUGAGGAAAUUGCCAAAGAGGUCGAGGCCAAUGAGAAGAUGAGAAACCAGUUGCAGGGGAAGGCCAAGCCAGUCAUGGUUUUCUCAAAGAAUCAGUCUGAGAAAGAGAUCGAAGACAUGCAUUCAAAUUACAGGAAGCAGCACAGCAGUGACUUUUCCCGGCUAAUAGCGCAGGUCCGCGGCCGCAUGGAGACCACCAGACAACCUCGUGUUAAACAGGAAGUCAGCGAGGUGAACAAGGAUGUACAAAAAACGCACUCUGCAGAUCAAGGUGCACAAAUAAAAAGCUGCACAGAAGUGAAGGUUGAACAUGAAGCUGAAGACGAGGAAUCAGGAGGAGUAAUCGAGGUGCCGUCCAGCCCCACCUAUAGCGACGUGUCCGUCAGCAGUUCUAUUUCUGACAUCUUUGGUCCAGAACCUGCCAGAAAAGAUGUCGAGAGGACCCCAGGCCAAAAGCGAACAUCCCACUCGACAGAAGACAAUGCCACUUUAUCGCCUGUUUUGGGAAAGCGACGGCGAAAAACGUAAGAAGAGACGAAGGAAAGGAGGGAAAAAAUCUAAAGAAAAUCCCACGGCUUCUGUAUCAGCUAACUUUGAAGGACAUGCACAUUCCUUUGAACAUUUCUUUGUACCCUGAUUACGUUGCACUGGUAAUUUCAUGUUUACAAAUAAAUCUUUGGUCUUUUUUUACAGUUUUGUCUUUUGCAAUAUUCUGGUCAAUGUCCCAUUUCUGUUGUUGCUACCUGUUUGUGUUUUGACUCGAAUCCAUAGUUUGUAUUAUUGCAUGUUUUGCUGCAGAUUUUAAGAGCAAUAAACUAAUAGAAACAUUCAA